CCACCACGAACAUCACCAAAUACACCGCCGGCAACAUGACGAGCCAGCCCCCCAAGAACGAGAUGGUCUAUUUCCCCGGCGUCAUGUCGCCGAGCCGGAAGUUCGGGGUGUUCCGCAAGGUGCUCCACACGGGCCUGUACUCGCAGUUUGUGGCCAUGGAGGUGCCGGUCAAUGGGGAGAUUGGGGACGAGGUGCAUACGGUUGAUCAGACGUUGAUUUUCACACACGGGACGGGCAAGGCGAUUGUCGCGGGCAAGGAGCAGGAGGUCAAGCAGGGGGAUGUGGUGAUUGUGCCGGCGGGGACGCAGCACCAGUUUCUGAAUGCGGGCGAUACUCCCCUUGAGUUGGUGACGAUCUAUGCCCCCGCGGAGCAUGAUCCUCGGACGGUGCACCAGACCAAGGAGGAAGGGGACGCCCAAGAGGAGGCGGGUGAGGAUGAAGCACCUGAGUGGAGUCAGCGGAGCAAGAGCGAGAACGAAAGGAUUGGCCUAGUCAAGGUGCCACAAUAGCUGCAAUUAGAGAAAAUCAUGUUCAUUCUAGUAUUCCAUUAAGCACAGAUAAGUUCUUGAAACAAC